AGGGAAGGAGGGGGUGGAAGCCGGGCCGGGGCGGCCAGCAGGCAAUUUGCAUGAGAGACAGACUGGGAAUGAGCUGGAGUGGGCGCCUCUCCGCGCACACAGAGCGGGGCAGGAGGGGGAGGAGGGAGCUACCGCCGCCGCCGGGGAGAGGCGGCGAACUCCGGGCAAAGUUUGGUGCCGCGGGCCCGAGGCGCUGAGGCACCGGCGGGGCGGGUGAACGGAGCGGAGCUGAGCCAGGCCAAACCAGGCCAGCGGGGCCGGGCUUUGUGCUGCCCGCGGCGCGGCGGGGCCUGCGCGGAGCGGAGCGAAGCAGCGCGGAGCGGAGCGGGGGGCGGCGAGCGCGGAGCCAGCGGUGGGGCGCUGCCGGCCCUGCCGGGCGAGCCAGCAUGUCCUCCAUCCUGCCUUUCACUCCUCCCAUCGUCAAGCGGCUCCUGGGCUGGAAGAAAGGGGAGCAGAACGGGCAGGAGGAGAAAUGGUGCGAGAAAGCGGUGAAGAGCCUGGUGAAGAAGCUGAAGAAGACGGGGCAGCUGGACGAGCUGGAGAAAGCGAUCACCACGCAGAACAUCAACACCAAGUGCAUCACCAUCCCCAGAUCAUUAGAUGGCCGGCUCCAGGUAUCCCACCGGAAGGGUCUUCCCCAUGUGAUCUACUGCCGGCUGUGGCGGUGGCCAGACCUUCAUAGCCACCAUGAGCUGCGUGCCAUGGAGAUGUGCGAGUAUGCCUUCAACAUGAAGAAGGAUGAAGUCUGUGUGAAUCCUUAUCAUUACCAAAGAGUGGAGACCCCAGUGUUACCUCCAGUGCUGGUGCCUCGGCACACAGAGAUCCCAGCUGAGUUCCCACCAUUAGAUGACUACAGCCAUUCUAUUCCAGAGAACACUAACUUCCCAGCAGGUAUCGAGCCACAGAGCAACUACAUUCCAGAGACACCUCCUCCAGGCUAUUUGAGUGAGGAUGGAGAAACUAGUGACCACCAGAUGAACCCCAGCAUGGAUGCAGGUUCUCCAAACUUAUCACCAAACCCAAUGUCUCCAGCACACAAUAACCUGGAUCUGCAGCCUGUCACCUACUGCGAGCCCGCGUUCUGGUGCUCAAUAUCCUACUAUGAACUCAACCAGCGAGUGGGAGAGACUUUCCACGCCUCUCAGCCCUCCAUGACCGUGGAUGGUUUCACUGACCCCUCCAACUCUGAACGCUUCUGCCUUGGCUUGCUGUCUAACGUGAACAGAAACGCGGCGGUGGAGCUCACGAGGAGACACAUUGGAAGAGGAGUAAGACUCUACUACAUCGGCGGCGAGGUGUUCGCGGAGUGCCUUAGCGACAGUGCCAUUUUUGUCCAGUCUCCCAACUGCAACCAGCGCUAUGGCUGGCACCCAGCAACAGUGUGCAAGAUUCCACCAGGAUGCAACUUGAAGAUUUUUAACAACCAGGAGUUCGCUGCUCUCUUGGCUCAGUCUGUCAACCAGGGCUUCGAAGCUGUCUACCAGCUGACCAGAAUGUGCACCAUCCGAAUGAGCUUCGUCAAGGGAUGGGGAGCAGAAUACAGGCGGCAGACUGUGACCAGUACUCCCUGCUGGAUUGAACUGCAUCUUAAUGGUCCUCUGCAGUGGCUGGACAAGGUCCUGACACAAAUGGGCUCCCCCAGCAUUCGUUGUUCCAGUGUCUCCUAAGGAAACCUCUCCUGGGGGGCAGGUGAGGGGGGAAAUAAGGACUGGAGAAUGGAAUUGGCUUAACCCUUAACAAAAUGCAUAGUAAACAAAUUCCCAGUUAUGGAGGUGAGGAGGAGGGAAAAAACCUGCUA